UCUUAACCUAACCUAAAAAAACUGAAUGGUGAUGGUAAAUGUAAAUGGAUGAAUAUAAAUAUAAACAUUUCAAUCAACCGUUUUUUGAAUAUCAAAUUUUCAAUUAGACACAGAAAAAGCCAUUGUGUAGAAUUGAAAGCCCCAUUAUGAACGAAGUAAAUAAAACAGAGGACUUGUGGAACCCCUAUAAAGACUUGAAAGGAAUCGUUUGGAAACACUUGAAUCAAUCUGAAUCUGAUUUAACAACAGCUGAAUUGGAAUAUACAUUAAGGAAACACAAGCAAAACUUUUUUUCCUUGUUACAGAGUCCACCAAGAAAUCCCAAAGCCCGAGAUGAGCUCAAAAAGGGAAUGGUCGAUGGCAUAAACGUUAGGGGAAUCGGUCACCAAAUUCUUUCGAAAGAACUUUAUCAAGAAGCCGUCAUUUUGUCAGACCUUUUCGAAAUCAACGAAUUCGUUGCUCUAGACCUAUUAUGCACUGCACAAAUGCAAAUGUCAUAUUAUCCGUCUUUACCCAGAGGAUUAGUAGCUGUGCUUUUAUAUUAUGAUGGUCGAAAAGCUCUCGUCCAAACUCUACUUUACUUAGUGCAAGCUAGAAAUGGGGUACAAUGGAGUGUAACACUCAAACAAGACGUUUCAAAAUUCAUUACAGAUUACACCAAUCAGCUAAUGGAAGGGGGCCUCUUUACUAGAAUAUUUGAGCUUUUGAGAUCACUCGACCUUACUAAAGAACUCGAUAAGCUUCAGCAGAACCUGGCUCUAGGAGGACCAAAGCACAGAAGACAAGUUAUUGAUCUGUUCAAUGAAAUACGAUACCUCUUAGCUGAAAUAGUUUUUUCUUGGUCUUCACAGAGCGGAUUGCCAAAAGACCCUACAAUAGGACUUAUAAACUAUUUGAGAGAAGCUAAGAUAGAAGAAGAAGCUUCUGGCCAAAUUGACAACGUGAAUUUAUAUCUUGAGUUGGCCCUUUUAUCAGCAUUGGAUAUUAGUAUUCUGCACACAAGAGAGGAUGGUGAAGAAGCUAUACAGUUGUUACCAAUUUUUUCUGAUCCAUCAUAUAUACCAAUAGUAAUUAAUGAGUUGUCUUUGGCUAAACCGAAAUGGGUUUGUGAAGGAUUGCAAGCUCUAUCAAUAUUUGGUCUUGCCGUCUGUAUAAGUUCAUUAAGAGAUGUCCCACAAAGUUUAAAAUUCCAAGAUGCUAUAAAUAAGGAAGAAGGUUUCGUAGAUGCAGCCAUUGAAAUGAAUGUGUUUACCUUCAUGCAUAAUGUACUCCUAGAAAAUAAAACCUUAUACAAAGAACCAUUCUUGUACAAGAGGAUUCACAAUUUGAUUACAGAUUUCAUAUUUUUCAUGUACCCCAAAGUGAAGGACCUCAGAAUGAAAGCUGACGAAAUUGCUAGGACAAUGCAAGUCUACAUCAGAGAAGAAUUGGAUGCCCCAGCAAACUUGCCUAGAUUUUUUGAAUACUUAUUACUAACUGUAGGCAAGUUCUACUCAAAUGAUGUACUGAACACUGAUUAUGUCUCGAAUUACUGGAGUCUCACUGAAAUCAACCCCAACCAAAACUAUUCCUACAGAGCUGCACCUCGAUCAGUUUCACUCUUUAAAUUCAUCAGACUUGCUGGUGAUGUACUUCCAACAACACUAUUUGUUCCGUACAUCACAAUGUUGAGCGGUUUGUCGUCAUCCCAACAAACUGCACGACACUGCUUCAACAUGUUGAAACAAGUGGGAUCGCACAUAUCAGCUAAUUUAUCCUGGGAUCAUUUCUUUAUGUCGUUUUCCCAAUAUUACAACAAUCUAAGACAAGAAGCUCCGCCCCAAACUGAUACAGUAUAUAGAAGCCGUGCUUCCUAUAAUAAAGGGGUAUCUCCACAAGAAUUGGACGGCCUGCAUGCUGUUCUUUUACUCAUGAGGACAGUGGCUGAACAUGACGAGUUUUCAAGGCUAGCACUUUGUGAACAUCCUGGUUGGUCCCCUCUAACAGUCCUUUUGGGUUUAGUUAGUUGUUCAGUGCCUAUACCACUCAAAGCAGACCUUCUUCUUACACUAGCUGCUUUAUCAAAAUCGUCUGAGAAUGCAAGUCAAAUGUGGGAAAAUUUAGAAGCAUCACAAAUCUUGAUAACAAUACCGACAACUUCCAGUUAUGCGCCCAGGGGCAUUGAAACGGAAUUGGAAGAGAUUGAAUCUAGACUGGAAGAAUAUCCACUAACCCGUGGUGUAUUGAAGCUGCUAGAUGUGUUAACGGAUUUUGGGAUACCAAGGACUCUAGGAGCUGGACCUAGGAAACCAGGAUUUGAUCCAUACCUUAAUUUCAUCAUAAAUUCAGUUUUCCUGAAAUACCACACUAGAUCUUACCGUAAUGGCACUGAAAAAUGGGAAGUAGCCCUAGCUUGUUUGAAGUUAUUUGAGAAAUUCAUAACUAGGUAUGAUCCCAAACAAUCAGAUUUUUCUGCCAAUUUGCAAAAUGAAUUCAGCUCGCCGCCUGGAUACCACAUGAUGCUACAGCUUAACAGCAAAUCUGAGAUGUUCUACAUCCUGAUGAACAUUAUUGAUGACGGGAAUCGGUUUUUCGAUGCUUAUGUUCCUUUCCAAGGCCAAGAGAAGGUCAAGGAGUGUGUUCUAACUUCCUUGAGAAUCAUCCACAGAGUACUCAGUCUUCAGUCCAGAUUUUUCCAAAUUUUAGCAUCAACUUCCACACCUCUUAUGCUCACCAGUAUGAACAAGCUACUGCUAUCUAUUAAUCGAAGAUCUGGCAAACCUGACUACUGCAUAAACAUAGCAAAAUAUGUCACUUAUCAACUCCAUUUGCCACAUCAUUCAUAUUUGGCUGUGAAAAUACUGACAAACAUCACCAGUUCUUCUGUUGCCCACUGCCAUUUCAUGAACAUUUUAUUGUCCCUGGACGAAUCAAAAGAGCUGAUUCGGAGUGGUUUUGUUGAAUGUUUGGAUGCUUCACCUGAAGAUGGAGAUGAUGUCAUAGAAAACACCAAGAAAGAGAUACUCAGUUUGUCCAGGCAAUGCUUGUCUUACAAUUCACCCAACUUGACACACCUACUCUUUGGUUUUGAUAUCAAGAGAGACGUGUCUAAAACCGAGUUUCAAUACCCUGGUGUGCUCGGCUUUGCAAGAUCUUGCUUGCAUUCUAUAAUAUCUAUAAUGGACUGUGCCAUCAACCCACUGUCUGAUGAACCAUCACCAUCUUUAUUAGAAUCCACUUUCCAUCUGCUAUACCUUUUGGCAUCGAAUGUCAAAUCCUCUGGACCUGUAUUGAGGUUCAUCAGAUUGAACAAGAACUUUUACAUAGAACAUUUGAGUAAGUCAUGCAAGAACAUGAACCCAGGCUUUUGUGAGUUUGGGCAAGUCUCUUGGAUUAUGAAAAUACUCGCCAUUGAGUUGAAAGUGUUGAGUCAACUCAAGCAAGUGACGUACCUCAAACAGCUUGCAAAUUUUUUGGUAAAUAUACCUGCAGGUGAUAUGAAAAAUGGAGACAUGUUUUCGUUGAUACAGAAGAGCACUCUUGAUAUCAAACUUUUGGUGCCGGAGGAUUUGAAAAUGGAGAAUUUCAUGACGAACUUGAUACCGUUCUUCGAAGUAACUAGGCCAUCUCUGGAGACGCCAAGUUGGGAGUAUUUCGACAACAAUGUGUUGAAUCAAAUCUUGAAAAGCUGCCAGAACAAAUCGGCGCCAAAACUGAUUGAUUUGAAGAAACUGCAUCAAAUUUUGUAUGACGAAUUAAAGGCACUUCAGGGUACUGCAGUCUUAGGGCAAAUACAAGCAAUAACACAAGAAAUCCAAAAAGUGUUGAGACAUGCACUGGAAAUAAAUAAACAAAGGGAGACAUGUUCUUCUGUUAUUCAAUUCACAGAUGCUUGGAGGCAAGUUGCAGAAGUCUUAGUAAUUUUCACGCCGACGGAAAUCUUAUCGACUACUGAGCAACAAAUUAUCAGUAUAUCAUUGCUCAAACAAAUUCUGAAAAAAGUUGUCAGAGCGCAACUUUUACCCGAAGUUUCAAGACUGUUAUCUGGAGCCGUAUUAUUGUUCAUGGACAAUCUAAAGAAAUGUUAUAUUAGAGAAAAAAGGUUGCAGAAACUUUCGAAAACCGAUAAGAGUACUUUGAACGUGCUUAAGUUGUACUAUUCUUCGUUGAAAGAAAUAUUGGAAAAUCUAGUUCAGUGGAUUAUGAUCUCUAAUGUGACAGAUGGUGAAUUGAGAAUCAACUUGUAUGCUGCACUAGUUACGUUUUUGCAACUGACUAAUAUUGAGACACCUCAUGAUGACAUUAUUUCAAACAACAGUUUCUUCAUUAGCCGAUUGGAUAGCUCUAAAUUGAAUGUCUCUGAAAUUGAUGUACAAUUUGAAUUUUCUUCUGACGUUCUGUCCACCUUUGGUGAUAAAUUGAUCGAAGUACUUUGCCAAGAUUGCAUAGGAGGUCAAGAAAUCUGUAAAAUAAUGGCACUGUCAAGCUUCAGUCACCUCAUGACCAUAUCCGGAAAUGUGAACUGGAUCUUGCAUAUGUCAGGACGAGGAUACCUGAAACACAUAAUCCAAAGCAUAGCUGACAGUGAUACAGAGUUGAGAAAUAUGUUGGAACCAACAGCAGAAUCCAUAAAACCACUUUAUCUUUAUAUUGCAAAAAUGUUGGUACUGGCGAGACUAGCUGGAACUAGAUUGGGAAGCGAACUACUAUUAGAACAAAAACUGCUUACAGUGUUCAGUAAUAUGACUGUAUUCAUGUCACAUCCAGAUAUUUCUAAAACUUGGCAAAGAGAUACUAUCUUAGAAGAUUUCCUUCCACCAGUGGAGCAACAGUAUUUGCAAAUCUGGCUACCAACAUUGCAUAUUUGCAAUGCCAUACUCACUACUCUGGGUACAGAAAACCAAUCGGCUGUGGCACAAAUAAUGUAUUUCUUGCUAAGCCAUCUCGAUGUAGUUGAGCUCAUACUGCGUUCUGGAAGUCCUGACUUAUCACCUACAUCUUUGAAAGAACUCGCAUUGCUAACAUCUGUCCUUUCCAGAACUGCCAAUAAUAACUUGGUGAAUAUACUCGAGAACCCAAAUAUCGUUCAAAAUAACAGAGCCCAACUCUACAGAAUUCAAAAACUGAUGCUAUCGGUUCUGCCUAAGUUUAUCCUCAGUGAUGACACGGUGAAACGAUUAGUUAGCCAGGGUCCUGCAGGAACUCUCACUUUCCAGACUUCUGAUAGGUUGCUCUAUGCCAUGCAGAUCAUUUCGAACCUGUUGUGUUAUUCGAGAAACACUGUGGCAAACCAAGGAAUAGAACACGAAGGAGUGGGGGUCAUUUUCUAUCCAACUCUCAGUGACCCAUUGCUAAGCAAUUUCGGUUCAAGAAGUAUGUCCAGUGUCAAUGAACAGGAGCCCUCACUAGGCAUCAUAGUGCAACAGUUGAUAAGUGCUGUUAACUAUCAUCAUCAAGAAAAGGUCACCCACGAUCUUUUAGUGAGAAAACUAGAUGAGAUACCUGAAAUGAAUUCCGUGGACUUGAGACCCUACUUAGAUUCGUCGAUGGAGAUGAGUGAUAUUUCCGUUAAAAGGGAGAAAGCUCAUGAGAUGGUUACAGAUAGGCUGGAAAGAAAAAAGAAAGAGAUCAAUUACUGUGCCUUUAUUAUUGAAAAUUCUUUGUAUCUGAUUUGGUCACAUUUGGAUUUCUAUAUGUUGAGGGCUAUUCCUAAACCUAGGGUGUAUGGUGGAUUGUCUACAAAUGCAGCAUUCAGUCAUGAAGCAACCCUUGCAUCUUCUUCUGAAGCCACAUGGAAGGUUUCUACCGACGUUAUUAGUAACUUGAAGCAAGGAUUGGUUUCGCUGUUCAAUGAUAGUUUCACGAAACAACUUUUAGAAACUUCGCAGGAUCGAAAUGAUUCAGACAGAGGCUUUGUAGAAGCUCUACUAAGGAAGAUUAAAAGACUUGUGCAGUUUGUUCCUGUGAAGUGAAAUGUAUGAGUUAUUAUGUUAUUUUUAUAAUUAAUAAAUUUUCUUAGGUUAA